AUGGAGCGUAAGGUAAACGAGCUUUCAGCGAUAGAAAUAGGAAAUGCAUUAAAAUCACUAAUCAAGAUAGCUCAGCAAGAAUUCUUUCAAAAUCAGCUGCGAGACAACAAGAGGGAAUCGAUUUUAUCGCACAAGAAACUGAGUUCUCUCAAUCCGUUCUUAGAUAGUGAAGGCAUUUUACGCGUAGGAGGGAGGCUAAAAAACUCGGAAUUUUCUAAUGACAAGAAGCAUCCCAUGGUUUUGUUAGCGAAACAUCGUUUUACUAAGCUACUUCUCAUGGAAAAGCAUAUGCAAUUAAUGCACGCACCACCACAAGCAUUGUUAGCGUCGGUACGCGAACGGUUUUGGAUAAUCGGUGGUAGAAACCUCGCAAAGAGGGUUGUUCACGAAUACAUAAAAUGUUUUAGAAACAAACCGCAACAAGCACAAGAUAUAAUGAGCGAAUUACCUAAAUCUCGUGUGACGGUAACCGAACCGUUUCAUGUUACGGGGGUCGAUUACGGCGGUCCUUUCCUGAUAAAGGAUAAACGGGAAAGAGGUUGCAAAACGAAUAAGUGUUAUAUCUGCCUAUUCAUAUGCUUUGCCACAAAGGCAAUACAUUUAGAGUUGGUCUCGGAUUUGACCACGGAAUACUUCAUUUCGGCGCUCAGACGCUUCGUGUUUAGACGAGACAAGCCGGCUCACAUAUACUCAGACAACGGCACCAAUUUCGUGGGUGCCAAUCGAGAACUAAAGGAUUUAGCUCAAUUCUUAAUAAAGGAACAAACAGGUCUCAGUGAGUGCAUUAAUGACAUAGGAAUCGGUUGGCACUUUAUUCCAGCUUACUCUCCGCAUUUCGGAGGCCUGUGGGAGGCGGGAAUAAGGUCGACUAAAUACCACUUGAGUAGGGUUGCAAGUAACGCAUCAUUAAUAUUCGAGGAGUUCUAUACGUUGAUUACACAAGUAGAAGCGAUACUAAACUCGCGACCUUUAACUCCCAUGUCGACUGAUCCUAAUGACCUCAUUCCACUUACUCCUGCUCACUUUCUGAUUGGAAAAACCUUACACUCGGUGGCUGAUCCAGAUUUAACACAUCUACCUGAGUCCAGAUUAUCUAGAUGGCAGCUACUCCAAAAUCUGCAGCAACACUUUUGGAAAAGAUGGAGCAAGGAGUAUGUGUCAGAAUUACAGCAGCGCACAAAAUGGAAGGAGAACUCCUCACAACUAAAGGAAGGCACGAUGGUGCUAAUCAAGGAGGAAAACCUGCCCCCAUGCAGAUGGAGGUUGGGGCGCGUAACAUCCAUUCAUCCAGGUCGAGACCAGGUGGUUCGAGUAGCCACUGUGAGGACGUCCACGGGCACUGUACACACCACCAUCGCGAAACUUUGUCCGCUCCCUAUUGAAAAUGUACAUGAUUCUGUUUAA